AUGGCCAAAGUUAACUUUGGCGAAAGCCCCCCUACCUACGAAUUCGAAUCGGACACAGUGGGCAAAUUUUCUCGAUUCCGCGAGAUUAUGAUCAGCGAGCUUGAAAAGAUGGCUAGUCAAUUGGACACUCCAAAUGAAGGCUCAAGGACCACGGCUUUUCAAGAGCAAUAUGCACCGCAUAGCGAAUCUUCUGCAAUUUAUCCCCAGGCCAGCUACUUCGAAUACGUCAGAUGA